AUGGAUCUUUAUUAUAUGGCCAUUGCUGCGGAGGAAAUGUUUCUAUGUCGCUUCGCUCUCAUCCUGUCUUUCUGCAGAGUUAACAGCAUUGCAACAAACAUGGCGAAACUCCUCAUCUUAUUGACGCUCAUCUCGACUGUCAUUGCUGGUUCCAGUGAUGCUUUUAACUUGGCCGGCGAGCAACUGACUCGCAUCGCAUCACUGGCGAAUAACCUGACGGAUGCCAUCAACUACUGGGACGGCACCAACCUGCAAACGGCGCUAAGCAACAUUCAUGUGCCUUCAGGCAGCCUUGUGGAGUUUAUAGGCAAUUCCUCCGACCUCCUUGGGCAACAGCACGCAACUUUUGACACCACUCAGUCCUUCAAGAUUGGAACUCCUGCCCAGAAGCUCGCCUACGCGGUCAAUGCAUCCAUUGCCACUCUGAUACGUCGGAAGGGUGACUUCGACGCCUCGAAACUCGGUCUGAUCGUCAUCGGAGAUCUCCAAAGCCUUCUUGCUGCGUCAGAAAACUUUUCCCAAAUUUUGACAAAGCUCGUACCGGAAACACUACAGCCGGUAGCCGUGAAUCUAGCAGCGCAAAACAUCGACUCGCUGCAGCAGGGAUUAGACUGCUUCAACGGUACGGCUUCCGCCUGCAUCGGAACAAUCGUGGACCCGAAUCGGACCAUGGAACUAGCUAUUCGCUAUAACGCCAUGAAGCCAGAUGGCUCCCCGUUUGUGUCGGAGUGA